AUGAAGGUCAUAAAUGGAGACCCUUCACCUGACCCCCGACCGUUGGUCAGCCCUGAACCCCCUGAUCUCUCAUCCCAGGUCAGCCCUGACCCCUCACCCCAGGUGUCAGAGGUCAGCGACCCCACCAUGACCUCUACAGCUCUGUGGUCCUACCUGAAUGCCUCCACCCGCACACAGCCUGUCAUCGGUAAGUGUGUGUGUAUUAUUGUUUAAUGUGCACUUCAUAGUUCAUGGCCCUCCUGUAGCUCAGUUGGUAGAGCAUGGCGCCUGCAACGCAAGGGUUGUGGGUUCGUUUCCCACGGGGGCCAGUAUGAAAAAUGUAUGCACUCACUAAUUGGAAGUCGCUCUGGAUAAGAGCGUCUGCUAAAUGACUAAACUGUUGAUGAGAAAUUAGUACCUGUGUUUCUCAUCUCUUUGCCUCCCUCCUUUCUCGUCCUCCCUCCUCUCUUUCUCCCCCUCUCCUCCAGGUGUCAGUAUGUUGACAGAGUUGCCAGACAGACAUGGUGACUCCUUCCUCUGCCGCUGCUGUUCUCACAGGAUGUUUACGUCGUCCCUCAUUGGACACCUAAUCUCUGCCCGACACCGCUACCACUACAUAGUGGGUUACACACUACAUACACACAGGCACACACACACACAGUACAUACACGCGCACACACACACACACACACACUACAUACACACACUACAUACAGUGGGGGGAAAAAAGUAUUUAGUCAGCCACCAAUUGUGCAAGUUCUCCCACUUAAAAAGAUGAGAGAGGCCUGUAAUUUUCAUCAUAGGUACACGUCAACUAUGACAGACAAAAUGAGAAAAAAAAGUCCUGAAAAUCACAUUGUAGGAUUUUUAAUGAAUUUAUUUGCAAAUUAUGGUGGAAAAUAAGUAUUUGGUCACCUACAAACAAGCAAGAUUUCUGGCUCUCACAGACCUGUAACUUCUUCUUUAAGAGGCUCCUCUGUCCUCCACUCGUUACCUGUAUUAAUGGCACCUGUUUGAACUUGUUAUCAGUAUAAAAGACACCUGUCCACAACCUCAAACAGUCACACUCCAAACUCCACUAUGGCCAAGACCAAAGAGCUGUCAAAGGACACCAGAAACAAAAUUGUAGACCUGCACCAGGCUGGGAAGACUGAAUCUGCAAUAGGUAAGCAGCUUGGUUUGAAGAAAUCAACUGUGGGAGCAAUUAUUAGGAAAUGGAAGACAUACAAGACCACUGAUAAUCUCCCUCGAUCUGGGGCUCCACGCAAGAUCUCACCCCGUGGGGUCAAAAUGAUCACAAGAACGGUGAGCAAAAAUCCCAGAACCACACGGGGGGACCUAGUGAAUGACCUGCAGAGAGCUGGGACCAAAGUAACAAAGCCUACCAUCAGUAACACACUACGCCGCCAGGGACUCAAAUCCUGCAGUGCAAGACGUGUCCCCUUGCUUAAGCCAGUACAUGUCCAGGCCCGUCUGAAGUUUGCUAGAGUGCAUUUGGAUGAUCCAGAAGAGGAUUGGGGAAUGUCAUAUGGUCAGAUGAAACCAAAAUAGAACUUUUUGGUAAAAACUCAACUCGUCGUGUUUGGAGGACAAAGAAUGCUGAGUUGCAUCCAAAGAACACCAUACCUACUGUGAAGCAUGGGGGUGGAAACAUCAUGCUUUGGGGCUGUUUUUCUGCAAAGGGACCAGGACGACUGAUCCGUGUAAAGGAAAGAAUGAAUGGGGCCAUGUAUCGUGAGAUUUUGAGUGAAAACCACCUUCCAUCAGCAAGUGCAUUGAAGAUGAAACGUGGCUGGGUCUUUCAGCAUGAGAAUGAUCCCAAACACACCGCCCGGGCAACGAAGGAGUGGCUUUGUAAGAAGCAUUUCAAGGUCCUGGAGUGGCCUAGCCAGUCUCCAGAUCUCAACCCCAUAGAAAAUCUUUGGAGGGAGUUGAAAGUCCGUGUUGCCCAGCGAAAGUCCCAAAACAUCACUGCUCUAGAGGAGAUCUGCAUGGAGGAAUGGGCCAAAAUACCAGCAACAGUGUGUGAAAACCUUGUGAAGACUUACAGAAAACGUUUGACCUGUGUCAUUGCCAACAAAGGGUAUAUAACAAAGUACCGUAUUGAGAAACUUUUGUUAUUGACCAAAUACUUAUUUUCCACCAUGAUUUGCAAAUAAAUUCAUUAGAAAUCCUACAAUGUGAUUUUCUGGAUUUUUUUCCCUCAUUUUGUCUGUCAUAGUUGACGUGUACCUAUGAUGAAAAUUACAGGCUUUUUUCCCCCACUGUACACACACUCAAACACCAUAACUACAUUGUGCCCAGACCUGAGUCAAAUACACUAUAUAUACAAAGGUAUGUGGACAACCCUUCAAAUGUAUGGAUUCGGCUAUUUCAGCUACACCCGUUGCUGACAGGUGUAUAAAAUCGAGCACACAGCCAUGCAAUCUCCAUAGACAAUCAUUGGCAGUAGAUUGGCCUUACUGAAGACCUAAGUGACUUUCAACGUGGCACCGUCAUAGGAUGCCACCUUUCCAGCAAGUCAGUUCGUCAAAUUUCUGCCCUGCUAGAGCUGCCCCGGUCAACAACUGUAAGUGCUGUUAUUGUGAAGUGUAAACGUCUAGGAGCAACAAUGGCUCAUCCGCGAAGUGGUAGGCCACACAAGCUCACAGAACGGGACAGGUGAGUGCUGAAGUGCGUAGCAUGUAAAAAUCGUCUGUCCUCGGUUGCAACACUCACUACCGACGAUUCUGUGCUUCCAACUUUGUCGCAAAAGUUUGGGGAAGGCCCUUUCCUGUUUAAGCAUGAUAAUGCCCCCCGUGCACAACGCGAGGUCCAUACAGAAAUAGUUUGUCGAGAUCGGUGUGGAAGAACUUGACUGGCCUGCACAGAGCCCUGACCUCAACCCCAUCGAAAACAUUUGGGAUGAAUUGGAACGCCGACUGCGAGCCAGGCCUUAUCGCCCAACAUCAGUGCCCGACCUCACUAAUGCUAUUGUGGCUGAAUGGAAGCAAGUCCCCGCAGCAAUGUUCCAACAUCUAGUGGAAAGCCUUCCCAGAAGAGUAGAGGCUGUUACAGCAGCAAAGGGGGGACCAACUCCAUAAUAAUGCCCAUGAUUUUGGAAUGAGAUGUUCAACCAGCAAGUGUCCACAUACUUUUGGUCAUGUAGUGUACUUUUCAAAGACUGGAGCGGAUUUUUGACCCAGGUCUGAUUUAUGUUUACAUAUUCGAACUCCAUACAUACUGAACUCAGUAAUUGAUAUGUCUUUUCCCACCGGAAUGCAUUGUCAUAGAAACUAGUAUACCCUGAGCUGGCUGCUGAUUGGCCAUUGAGCCCAGAGCUGACGGUGAAGGCGGGGCCUCUUCAUGAGGAGCUGAGAGUGAGAGCUGCAGAACUGGAGGCACAGGAGGGACCGGGACAGCCCACGGUAAUUACUAACCUAUAAUCAUCUAAUCAAUAUCUGUCUGAUCACUGCCCUUAUAAAUACACUGAACUGGAAACACCGAAGGGAACGGGACAACCCACAAUAAACAAUAACCUAUAGUCAUCUAAUUGUAGAGUUCUGAGUCUUGACGGUUUUUAAGAUAUUGAGAACGACAAACACUUGAAUAAAAUUAUAGAUUUUGAUAAGGCCGGGAAGCAUACAAACAAUACACGUCAACAAACCCAAGUCUUACAGCAGUAUAUAUAGGAGAGUCUCUGCCUCCCUGCAUCCUGUGGAAUCUAUGCAUAAACAAUCAUAAAUCACGAUGGACCAACCAAAUGUAAAUCCAUACCAGAUGUUUCUUGCCGUAUUGGGGGGCGGGGGGGUCAGUCAUUCUAACUUUGACGUUCCCCCAGAUAACAACCUGGGCUGUAUCGUAUGGUGGUCUAACAGGCUCACAAAGCCUUGUAGUUACAUUGCAAAGGGCCUAACAUACUGGGUAACCCACAAGGAUAUAAAGGUACUUCUGGUGCGUAGACUACAUUAUGGUUAAAACAGACUAUAUGGUUAAAACAGACUGUGGUUAAAACAGACUAUGUGGUUAACAUAAUACAGUGGGGAGAACAAGUAUUUGAUACACUGCCGAUUUUGCAGGUUUUCCUACUUACAAAGCAUGUAGAGGUCUGUAAUUUUUAUCAUAGGUACACUUCAACUGUGAGAGACGGAAUCUAAAACAAAAAUCCAGAAAAUCACAUUGUAUGAUUUUUAAGUAAUUAAUUUGCAUUUUAUUGCAUGACAUAAGUAUUUGAUACAUCAGAAAAGCAGAACUUAAUAUUUGGUACAGAAACCUGUGUUUGCAAUUACAGAGAACAUAUGUUUCCUGUAGGUCUUGACCAGGUUUGCACACACUGCAGCAGGGAUUUUGGCCCACUCCUCCAUACAGACAUUCUCCAGAUCCUUCAGGUUUCGGGGCUGUCGCUGGGCAAUACGGACUUUCAGCUCCCUCCAAAGAUUUUCUAUUGGGUUCAGGUCUGGAGACUGGCUAGGCCACUCCAGGACCUUGAGAUGCUUCUUACGGAGCCACUCCUUAGUUGCCCUGGCUGUGUGUUUGGGGUUGUUGUCAUGCUGGAAGACCCAGCCACGACCCAUCUUCAAUGCUCUUACUAAGGGAAGGAGGUUGUUGGCCAAGAUCUCGCGAUACAUGGCCCCAUCCAUCCACCCCUCAAUACGGUGCAGUUGUCCUGUCCCCUUUGCAGAAAAGCAUCCCCAAAGAAUGAUGUUUCCACCUCCAUGCUUCACGGUUGGGAUGGUGUUCUUGGGGUUGUACUCAUCCUUCUUCUUCCCCCAAACAUGGCGAGUGGAGUUUAGACCAAAAAGCUAUAUUUUUGUCUCAUGAGACCACAUGACCUUCUCCCAUUCCUCCUCUGGAUCAUCCAGAUGGUCAUUGGCAAACUUCAGACGGGCCUGGACAUGCGCUGGCUUGAGCAGGGGGACCUUGCGUGCGCUGCAGGAUUUUAAUCCAUGACGGCGUAGUGUGUUACUAAUGGUUUUCUUUGAGACUGUGGUCCCAGCUCUCUUCAGGUCAUUGACCAGGUCCUGCCGUGUAGUUCUGGGCUGAUCCCUCACCUUCCUCAUGAUCAUUGAUGCCCCACGAGGUGAGAUCUUGCAUGGAGCCCCAGACCGAGGGUGAUUGACCGUCAUCUUGAACUUCUUCCAUUUUCUAAUAAUUGCGCCAACAGUUGUUGCCUUCUCACCAAGCUGCUUGCCUAUUGUCCUGUAGCCCAUCCCAGCCUUGUGCAGGUCUACAAUUUUAUCCCUGAUGUCCUUACACAGCUCUCUGGUCUUGGCCAUUGUGGAGAGGUUGGAGUCUGUUUGAUUGAGUGUGUGGACAGGUGUCUUUUAUACAGGUAACGAGUUCAAACAGGUGCAGUUAAUACAGGUAAUGAGUGGAGAACAGGAGGGCUUCUUAAAGAAAAACUAACAGGUCUGUGAGAGCCGGAAUUCUUACUGGUUGGUAGGUGAUCAAAUACUUAUGUCAUGCAAUAAAAUGCAAAUUAAUUACUUAAAAAUCAUACAAUGUGAUUUUCUGGAUUUUUGUUUUAGAUUCAGUCUCUCACAGUUGAAGUGUACCUAUGAUAAAAAUUACAGACCACUACAUGCUUUGUAAGUAGGAAAACCUGCAAAAUUGGCAGUGUAUCAAAUACUUGUUCUCCCCACUGUAUAUAGUUAAAACAGACUAUUUGGUUAAAGGGCCAAUCCGUAGUUGAAACAAUAACAAAGCAGGCCACCCCACCACUGUUUUGGUAAAAAGCUGAGGGAUGGGGCUUGAGAAAUGUAACCACUCUCAAAUUCAUAGACAGUGCUAUGGAUACAAGGACUGACCAUCCAUGAUAUCAAAAUUAUGGUUUUAAUCAUGUUUGUUUAAAUUUAUUUUGCUUACAAAAAUGUGAGUAAAACUUCAAGUUUGGGUUCUGAUGGGGUACAACAGUUGUUCAUGAGGCAUUUAUAAGUUAUAUUCUUCAAGAAUCAAUAUCAUUAAUUUAUCAGUCCAAAAAUGGAUGUAUGUAGCAACUGCAGAUUGCUCCUUUAACAGACUACAGUGAGGGAAAAAAGUAUUUGAUCCCCUGCUGAUUUUGUACGUUUGCCCACUGACAAAGAAAUGAUCAGUCUAUAAUUUUAAUGGUAGGUUUAUUUGAACAGUUAGAGACAGAAUAACAACAAAAAAAUCCAGAAAAACACAUGUCAAAAAUGUUAUAAGUUGAUUUGCAUUUUAAUGAGGGAAAUAAGUAUUUGACCCCUUCUCAAUCAGAAAGAUUUCUGGCUCCCAGGUGUCUUUUUAUACAGGUAACUAGCUGAGAUUAGGAGCACACUCUUAAAGGGAGUGCUCCUAAUCUCAGUUUGUUACCUGUAUAAAAGACACCUGUCCACAGAAGCAAUCAAUCAAUCAGAUUCCAAACUCUCCACCAUGGCCAAGACCAAAGAGCUCUCCAAGGAUGUCAGGGACAAGAUUGUAGACCUACACAAGGCUGGAAUGGGCUACAAGACCAUCGCCAAGCAGCUUGGUGAGAAGGUGACAACAGCUGGUGUGAUUAUUCGCAAAUGGAAGAAACACAAAAGAACUGUCAAUUUCCCUCGGCCUGGGGCUCCAUGCAAGAUCUCACCUCGUGGAGUUGCAAUGAUCAUGAGAACGGUGAGGAAUCAUCCCUGAACUACAUGGGAGGAUCUUGUCAAUGAUCUCAAGGCAGCUGGGACCAUAGUCACCAAGAAAACAAUUGGUAACACACUACGCCGUGAAGGACUGAAAUCCUGCAGCGCCCGCAAGGUCCCCCUGCUCAAGAAAGCACAUAUACAGGGCCGUCUGAAGUUUGCCAAUGAACAUCUGAAUGAUUCAGAGGAGAACUGGGUGAAAGUGUUGUGGUCAGAUGAGACCAAAAUCGAGCUCUUUGGCAUCAACUCAACUCGCCGUGUUUGGAGGAGGAGGAAUGCUGCCUAUGACCCCAAGAACACCAUCCCCACCGUCAAACAUGGAGGUGGAAACAUUAUGCUUUGGGGGUGAUUUUCUGCUAAGGGGACAGGACAACUUCACCGCAUCAAAAGGACAAUGGAUGGGGCCAUGUACCGUCAAUUCUUGGGUGAGAACCUCCUUCCCUCAGCCAGGGCAUUGAAAAUGGGUUGUGGAUGGCAUGACAAUGACCCAAAACACACGGCCAAGGCAACAAAAGAGUGGCUCAAGAAGAAGAACAUUAAGGUCCUGGAGUGGCCUAGUCAGUCUCCGGACCUUAAUCCCAUAGAAAAUCGGUGGAGGGAGCUGAAGGUUCAAGUUGCCAAACAUCAGGCUCGAAACCUUAAUGACUUGGAGAAGAUCUGCAAAUAGGAGUGGGACAAAAUCCCUCCUGAGAUGUGUGCAAACCUGGUGGCCAACUACAAGAAACGUCUGACCUCUGUGAUUGCCAACAAGGGUUUUGCCACCAAGUACUAAGUCAUGUUUUGCAGAGGGGUCAAAUACUUCUUUCCCUCAUUUAAAAUGCAAAUCAAUUUAUAACAUUUUUGACGUGUUUUUCUGGAUUUUUUUGUCGUUACUCUGUCUCUCACUGUUCAAAUAAACCUACCAUUAAAAUUAUAGACUGAUCAUGUCUUUGUCAGUGGGCAAACGUACAAAAUCAGCAGGGGAUCAAAUACUUUUUUCCCUCACUGUAUAUGGUUAAAACCCUUCAAAAUCAAUAUCGGUCUGGUCACUGCCCUUAUCAAUACACUGAACUGGAGACAAAGGAGGGAACGGGACAACCCACAGCAAACUCAUCAAUCAAUUAAUUGAUCAAUCAUAUGUUCUGUUCUGUUCUGAAGGUGGUGAAGAGAGAACCUGCUGCUGGAGAGACAACCACUACCAAUACUGAAGGUUAGACGCACACAUAGACACACACACACAAACGCGCACACACACACAUACACACACUCACCUCCUGUGAAUGGUUUUGUGUGUGUUUCAGAGACUGCCCAGCAGAGCCAGAACAGCUCACCUCCUCUCACUGUGAAAGAGGAACCAGUUGACUCCACAGAGCUGUCCCAGCCCCCUAAAGGAAAGAAGAGGAAGAAGAGGAGGAGCAACCCUGUGGUUGGUCAGUAUUCCUGUUAUCAAGGCUGCCAUUGGUUGGUUCAUCAGUCUCUCAGUUUGGACAGUAUCUCAAGUUUGGACUGUAUUACCAUUUUGAGGUGACCUGUGUGUGUGUGUGUGUGUGUGUAGGUGUGAACUUCCUGGUCCAGGUGUCCCACAGGAGGAGGAAACAGUACUACUGUCAGCUAUGUUCUGUCAGGAUGAAACACCCUAUCGCUGAUCACAUGACCAGCCUCAGCCACCGACACAACUAUGUGGUGCGUGUGUUUUUUAAGUGUGUGUGUGUGUAUCUUUUUAUUUAGUAAGGUGUGCAUCAUUACAGGGAUGUCAAUCGAUAAUAAUUUAUUUGGGGGAUGUUUGACAUGCAUUAAAUUCCGCUGUGUGUAGAGGUUGAAGUACCCUGGUUGGACCUCCAGCCCGGCGGAGAUGGAGAAGAAGCUGUUCAAAAUGUCCGUUCACCUGGAGAAGGUCGACAGAGACGCAGGAAUGAGCAUGAAGGUCAAUACACACACACUGAAAGUUUACAAUUGUGCAUCCGGAACUUACGUGAGACGAGUCAAUGAGGAGGCAGAGGUUCCACAGAAUCCUUUUGAUUUUCUGCUCUCCGGCACAGGUUUACAUACUCACAUUCUGAUGGGAGUCACACCCAUUUCUUGUUUACUGCUACCUGAUUUGAUACAGUAUUUUCAGCAAUGUGUCAAUGCGGUUUUAAUGCUGUCAGCAGCUGAUAGGCUAGUCGCAAAAAAUCUGGAAAUUGCCACCAAUUGUCGGGGUGGAAGUUGCCUGUGCUUCGUUCGUUGGGGCCUGCUUCCUGUGUCAGUCAGGUUGUCUCUGUGUCACAUGGCAUGAUGAACUCUGUUGACUGUUGCAUCCUGUUACAAUAACAUUAUGUACCUAUUUCCUGUAAAUGAAACUCAAACUAUUUUAGGCCCCACAGACACACACACACAAACUCACACUAGCACCAAACACAUUUGAUGAUGUUUUCUCUGUGUUACAGAAGGUAGAAGUGGAAGCUGAUGAGUACAACGAGCUGUUGUCCUUUCCUGUGGAGAAAGGUAAGGUAAUCCACCCAUUUUGAAUGUUAUAUCGUUUUUGUGCAUUUCUGAGCGAUGUUAUAUCGGUUCGAGGGGUCAUUACAUGUUUUCAUGUGUAUCUGAGCUAUUGCCGUUCAAGCAGGUGGAAAUACAGCCGGUAUGACGAGUUGUAUUUCUGCCUGCGUGAACGGCAAUUGCUCAUAUACAUAUAAAAACAUGAAAUGACCCCAGGAAUCAAUAGAACAUUGCUCAGAGAUGCACAAAAUAACAUUCUAAAUGGGUUAAUCGUUCCUUUAAUUACUGUGGUUGAUAUAUGGUUGUGGUUGAUAUAUGGUUGUUAUUGUGAUCCACAGGUGUCAGUAAACUGCAAGCCAUCAUCAGACUGCAACAAGAGCCAGGCGAUCUGAGACAGACAGCUCCCUUGACCAAUCACAACCCAGAGGAUCUGAGACAGACAGCUCCCUCGUCCAAUCCCGAUGCAGCCCAAGGUCCAGCUCAGGGUAAGUAUAAGCCAUCUGAGGCUAAAGUUUCAGCAGAACGCGUAGUGACUCCUUAGAGGAGAGACUGAGGUCAAUCACCUAAAGUUGUAUUCCUGUUGUUGAAACUGUUCUUUAACUGAAACUGUUGUACUCAAACUGUGGGGGGCAGCACUAGGGGGCUGUGUGUGUGUGUUUGAAUGAGAGACACAAAGGAGAACCAACCAGUAAAAGCACAGCCCCUUUAUUCUCAACGAAUCGUGCCGACAACAUAAAAGUGGGUUCCCAGACUCUGGUGUCAGCCAGAGUCUGUCGCAUUAGCCAGGCAACUAUACUGUCUGUUCUUUAGCUGAAUCUGUUGUUUAGCUGAAACUGUUCUACUGAAACUGUUAUUUGGCUGAAACUGUUAUUUGGCUGAAACUGUUAUUUGGCUGAAACUGUUAUUUGGCUGAAACUGUUAUUUGGCUGAAACUGUUCUACUGAAACUGUUCUUAGCUGAAGUUAAAGCAUCUGCUCAUCGUUUCAUCCCCUUAGGUGUGUGUGGGGCAGAGUCAGGUGAGACCGAGAGGGUGUGUCCUUUCCCUGUCAGCCUAUCAGAGGAGGAGAAUGGCCAGACGCCCCAGAGGCUCCUGGUCCAUAUCCCAGGUGAGCCACAGAAAUAUCUCUACCUGUCCAUGGGGGUGUGGUUCUUUAUCUGA